CAAGAAGUAAUUUGUAAACGAUUACAGCGCCAUUUUACAAAAAUUGGACAAAUGUUUAUCAUAGUUAGUUUUUGAUUUUAAUAGCGUUGCAGUGUAUUGAUAAGUGAAUUGUAUAAAGUUAAAAUAAAAAAUAAGUGAAGAUUCUUGGAUCAUAUUUACGUAUAUUAUAGAAUUAUGAACGCAUUAAAAGAUAAUAAUUUUCAGAAUUCGUCUAAAGGAACUGUAAAAACAAUGCUUCAAAAAUCUGACAAACCAAGUAGUUUAGAAAAAGAAAAUCAAGAUCAAAAAGAACCCAAAAAUCAAAGUAAAGAAAAUCCUCCUCCGCCUAUUGAUAAAUGUUGGUCUCUAUCUGAUUUUGAUAUUGGCAAACCACUUGGAAAAGGUAAAUUUGGAAGUGUCUACCUUGCAAGAGAAAAACAGAGUCAUUUUAUUGUUGCAUUAAAAGUCUUGUUUAAAUCACAACUUAUGAAAGCAGCUGUUGAGCAUCAAUUGAGAAGAGAAAUUGAAAUACAAUCACACUUAAAACAUCCACACAUAUUAAGAUUAUAUGGCUACUUCUAUGAUGCGAAGCGCGUGUUUCUUAUACUGGAGUAUGCACCACAAGGAGAGUUAUAUAAACAUCUAACAAAAUCAGAACGUUUUAAUGAGGCCAAGUCAGCAACAUAUAUUUCCCAGUUGGCUUCAGCUCUUGAAUAUUGUCAUUCGAAGAAAGUAAUCCAUAGAGAUAUUAAGCCAGAAAAUCUUUUACUUGGCAUGAAGGGCGAGUUAAAAAUAUCUGAUUUUGGUUGGUCUGUACAUGCUCCUUCAUCAAGGCGUACAACUCUUUGUGGUACCUUAGACUAUUUACCACCUGAAAUGAUUGAGGGAAAAGUUCAUGAUGAAAAAGUUGACUUAUGGAGUGUUGGUGUUUUAUGUUAUGAAUUUUUAGUUGGAAAACCACCUUUUGAGACAGAAAGCCAUGACCAUACGUAUCAGCUGAUUUCUUCUGUCAAAUACUCAUUUCCAGACUAUGUAAGUUCUGGCGCCCGCGAUCUUAUAUCCCAGCUACUUCGCAAGAAACCAUCAGAUAGACUACCGUUAGCAGAUGUCCUAAAGCAUCCAUGGAUCCAACAACAUUCUUCUAUGUUUAAUAAACAAAAGGUUUCAGUGAACCAGACACCUACAACUUCAGUCUCGUCUCUUUCUAGUUCCUGAUUUUUAGUUUCUUAUAAUGUAAAUAAAAGUAGUACUUAUCUUUAAAAUCAUUGUUAAAUUUUUUAUUUUUUAUUCAAAUAACAAUCGAAUAAUUUUA